AUGACGUGUGAACGAAAAGACCACGGCCAAUUGUUGCUGAAGAAUGGGAGCGAGCAGAACUCCGGAUGCAGGCGUUAUCCGUUCGAUGAGAUGGAUGAUGUUGGGGAUAACCUGGGUGUGCCAAAUGUGUGUAGCUCACCGCAAUUCCUUAGACCAGGCUUGUUGCGUUGUCCGACGUACGUUAAACACAAGCUGCCAAAUGGUUGGUGCAGUGUUGGUGGUUGGUUGGUGCAAUGUUGGUAG